UCACCAUGUUCUGCCACUAAAACCCCAUCAUCAUGAAUCCAUCAUGUUCAUCAUCAUAGUCCCUGGUCUGGUUCCGCUCUUUCUCUGCCACUAAGACCCCAUUUCAUCCCCUGCCUCGGUGCUAGGGUUUAUCUAAAUUCAAGAUUAUCUGCUUUACAUUACGUUUCUAUAGACGUUAGCAAUCACAGCACCUUAAGUUAUGGCACUUCAAGUGGCUCUCUCCGGCCCUUUUCUUCUUUCUUCUUGUUCUGCUCAUAGGCUCAAUCCUCUUCUCUUCUCCCAACGGCGUCGUUGCAUUCCUUUCUCCCACUGGCGUUUCACUCGUAUCAAAUCCCGAUGUUUCGCUGUUGCUGCAUCAGAGAAUGGUGUAUUUACAUCUCCAGAGGUUGCAAAGUCGUUCGAUUUUUCUUCAGAGGAACGGAUAUACAAUUGGUGGGAGUCCCAAGGGUAUUUUAAGCCAAAUUUUGAGCGGGGAAGUGAUCCUUUUGUGAUAUCCAUGCCACCUCCUAAUGUUACUGGUUCACUGCAUAUGGGGCAUGCCAUGUUUGUAACUCUUGAGGAUAUCAUGGUAAGAUACAAUCGAAUGAAGGGAAGGCCAACACUGUGGCUUCCUGGGACUGACCAUGCUGGUAUUGCAACGCAGUUAGUUGUAGAAAAAAUGCUUGCAUCUGAAGGGAUAAAAAGGACUGAACUGGGCAGAGAAGAGUUCAUAAAACGAGUUUGGGAGUGGAAAGAGAAAUAUGGUGGAACGAUUACAAAUCAGAUUAAGAGACUUGGUGCUUCCUGUGAUUGGACAAGAGAGCACUUUACCCUUGAUGAGCAGCUAAGUCGAGCGGUAAUUGAGGCCUUUAUCAGGCUUCAUGAGAAAGGUUUAAUCUAUCAAGGGUCUUACUUGGUUAAUUGGUCCCCUAAUCUGCAGACUGCAGUUUCAGACUUGGAAGUAGAAUAUUCUGAAGAACCCGGCACUCUAUAUUAUAUCAAGUACCGUGUAGCUGGAGGUUCAAGGUACUCAUAGCAAAGUGACAUGCCUUUUUUUUUUUUUAAUUUUCUAAUAUGUAAUGUUUUCUUUAACAUUAAGAUGGUAUUCUGUGGGCGGUGGCUUAUACUUAACAGGAAAUUGUUAAUUAAGUUUUUCAAUUGGUGGCCAUAGUUACUAAUUAUUUAAAACGAUUUUUUUUUUGCCUUCUUGCUUUUUGUUGCAUAAUUCUUUUUAUUCUUUGCAGAACGUAAUUAUUGGCAUACAAUUCUAACUCUGAAGUCUUAACACUUAAUCAGAAUACUCAAAAGGGUGUUACAAAUGUCAGCAUCUCUAAAAGGAAAUAGAAGUAGCAGACAUAAAUAUUCUGAGCUUUUUUCUUAGAUAGCUGAGGGCUUGUUUGUGCCAAUCAAAAAGGUGAUCAUAGAAUGGAGAUGGAUGAAUCAUUGAGGAACCAAUGAUAUGCUGAGUAAAGACCAAAAGAAGUUUUUUUAAUGUCUAAUUUUUGAAUUCUUCAAUUUUCUACCUGGGAUGUGUUUUUAUCUUGGCUCUAGCAAAAAUGCUUUGAUUUUUGUUUUCUAGUUAUUCAAAUAAAGGAUAGAUUUAUAUCCAUCCGUAGAAUUAUGUCCACCCUCUCUAGGAUUUAUGAAUUUCACAUAAUAUUAGAGUAAAUGAUGUGUAAGGUUAUUACUAAUUGAAAAUAAAAUAAAAUAACGAGGAGAAAGAAAGAUACAGUAAAUUAUAACCUUUUGCACCAUAUCAUGCUAAAAUUGUGCAAGUAAAGAAGGAAGAUGAGAGUGUUUACCUUAAGAGUACUGGCCCAUUUUAAGAAUGUUGAAUGUA